ACAGCAGCUGAGCGCGAUCGCCCUCCACUGUAGUCCAGGUCAGACCGCGAUCAUCACAAGAACCCUAAUUGCUCCGAUCCUCCGCGGCAUAGAUCUCUUCUCCUCGAAGAUCCUUUUCCCUAAGAUGGAAAGAUCCAGUUAUUCUUUCACGUAUAAAGGUUCCAUUCCAGAUGCAAUUAAUGAAUCAAGGAACCAAAAGAAACUUUUCAUGGUCUAUAUUUCAGGAGCGGAUGAAAAUUCUGUCAAAAUGGAUCAGACAUGGCUGGAUGAAAGAGUGGCUGAAUCAAUAUCAAAAUGUUGCAUAUUUUUGCACUUGACAGCAGGAAGUCUUGAUGCAUCACAGUUUUCUGCCAUUUAUCCUCAGAAAUCAACACCAAGCAUCUGCGCCAUUGGACUUAACGGUGUUAUGCUAUGGCAUUAUGAUGGUUACAUUACUAUUGAAAAUCUUAUAGAGAAUAUUGACAAGGCUUGGGCAGCACUCCAUAUGCAGGAAGCAGCUCUGACACUUUUGACGGCUGCACUUGCUUCAAAAGAGCCUGAACCUCUAAAUUCUAGUCCUAAUGCUGUUUCAUCUGAGCAAGUAGUCUCUUCUGAUUUAAAUGUUCCAUCAACUUCAGCUGAUAAAUCUAGUCAAGAUUCAGAACCCAGACCAUUAACUGAUUCUCAGCAGUUGGAGGAUGAGAGGCUUGGUGAAUCAAAUAGUCAAAAAGAUAAUCUGCUUGGUGAAGAAACUUGUUCUCAAAUGGAUACUCCUAAUGAUGUGAAGAUUGGAAGCAUAGAUGGUUCAAGUUCAAGCAGGAAUAUUGCUGAAGAAGCACUUUCUAUCCUCAGUGAUGUGAAUUCUGAAACUUACAGUUAUGCAGCUAACUCCAAUGUCCCUGUCGAAUGUUCAACUAUGGAUAUGACCCAGGCUGCAACUAAGUCAGAGCCAGACACGAGGUCGGCCAGAUGUGGUCCAAUACCUUCUGAGAUAACUACUGAAGCAGAAGAGGAAACUCCUCCAGCUAAGAAGGUUGAUGGAUCAAGUGGCUUUUCAGAUGCUGUAAAGUCGAAAGAUGUGCAUCUGAAUAUACGUAUACCAAAUGGGACCAGUCUUCAGACAAAACUUACUUUAGCCGAUACUUUGAGGUCUGUGAAAAUCUUUGUGGAUGAGAACCUGGAUACUAUGGUAGGUUCAUAUAAUCUGGCUGUUCCUUAUCCAAGAAAGUUGUUCAAUGAUGAAGACAUGACGAGAACAUUGUCCGAACUUGGCUUUGCUAGCCGGGAGGCAUUAAUAGUUGUUCCACAUCGUCAAGGCACCAGAGCUCCCAGGGGUCAAUCAUCAUCAAAUGACAGUCAGAAUGGUGUGACUAGGACUGUUUCAAGUGAGAACACGGGAGGAUAUUUUGAUUAUGUUAAAAGGAUCUUAUCAUACGUGAAUCCAUUAUCCUAUCUUGGUGGAAAUUCUAGCUCAGCAAAUUCUGAAACAACAGAAAGUGAUGGCUUAUGGCAGUAUCGUCCUAAUCCUGCUGCUAUUCAGAAUCAUUUAUCAGGAGCACCUCGACGCUUAUCUUCUUCAAGUGACCAAAGUAACCAAAACACUGAUUCUCAUAAUACCAGUGGCGGGGUAAGGCCAAGCCCAUCGAGACAAUUUGGCAGUAAUAUCCACACUCUGAGGCAUGAUGAUGAUCCAUCUGGCGACAAGAACAUGUUUUGGAAUGGAAACUCCACACAGUUCGGAGGUGAUGACAAGAAGUAAGUUGAUAAUCAAGUAGAGGUUAGUUAAAUGCAUCAGCAGUGUUGAAAUUGUUGAUAUUAAGCAAUUAUGACACUCCAAAAAUGUUGAUAUUUAGUAAUAUGUUCCUCUUUAGUUUGCUACUGCAGCAGUAAAUAAAAAUUACUUCCCUAUGCAGAAUC